AUUCAGGGUGGUGGCGACGAACCUACAGUACAAACUUGGCCGUCCGUACCUCUCAAUCCCGCUGGGUUUGUUAACAAAGCCUGGUGCCCAGAACAAACCGAUCUUUCUACAGACUUCAAUUGUCAGAACGUGGACUUGUUUGGGAAUUCCAUAUUUGCAGACGUAUUAAUCGACAUGUUCUGGUUAGACGAGGAAACGAUAGCAAAGCUAAACGAGACGUUUCUUACCAUCUGUUACAUCAGUGGGGGCACCUACGAGGUCGGCCGCCCAGACUCAAUAAACUUUGCGCCCGAGUCGUUAGGGCUCACAUUGGGGGAUUGGCCCGACGAAAUGUACAUUGAUAUCCGACCUGACCAGCCUCACUACGCCUCACUUCAAGAAAUUAUGCUGAAGCGUGCCCAAUUGGCGAAAGAAAAAGGCUGCCAGGCCAUUGAGUGGGAUAAUGUUGAUUCCUGGCAAGCGGAGGCGAUCGAGGGUAUUCCGGCCCAGGAUGCUGAGAUGUAUCAAAACCAGCUGAUAUGGAAUAAAUAUUUAGCUCAGAUCACGCACGACAACAAUAUGGCGGUCGGUUUAAAGAACGAUGUGGCACAAAUUCCGGAACUUGUAGAUUACUUCGAUUUCGCAGUCAAUGAACGCUGUUUCGACUUCAACGAGUGCGAUACGCUGCUACCGUUUGUGGAACAAGGGAAAGGAGUUCUCUUAGCCAUAUACCAAUUUGAUGGCCUUAAUGUCACCGAAGUGUGCGAUUAUGCAUAUGAACAUUCGAUGAUGUCUUUGAUUGAAUAUCGAGGGGACUGGUGGCCCUGCGCCAUGCACGACGCUGUGAACGGAGGCUGGAGCGAAUGGAGUGAAUGUACCCAUCCUUGUGGAACGGGCGUUCAAGAGCGAGUUUGUAAUGAUCCGGUCUCCCAGAACAAUGGAGCACGGUGUACAGGUGCGAGUCGACGGGCCUGCAAUGCUUUGCCUUGUGAGUACUGCAAGGACAGCAACAUAACAACUCCUAUCGAAUGCCUGAAUGGUGGCGUAUGUUAUAUUGCCGAGGUGGCUGAAAGUGAUACUUCGGCUUGUGUAUGCCCACCUGACUUCACCGGGGAGCGUUGUGAGAAUACAGUCUCUGAUCUUUACCCCUGCGUGUACGCAUAUGAUGUCGCAAAUGCAACUACUGAGCUACUUGGCGGAACAUGUGAAAAUUUGGGCACCUGCGACCCCACUCUUGAAACGAAUGAGACAUUUUUUAAGUCCCAUUAUCUUUCAAGUGGCCUGAUAAAAAAUCAUGCAAACUACACAUACACUACGAGAUGCGUUUGUCCUCCAUACUGGGCCGGGCCCUCGUGUGAAACCAAGAGCCAAUGUGCAGAUGCUUAUUCAGAGGGGGCAGCUGACGACACACCAAAGUGCUAUCACGGCCGCUGUGUAUAUCUGCCUUCCUACAACACAGAUACGACAAUCUGUGAGUGCGAUGAAGGCUAUGUAGGCGACCUUUGCGACAUAUCGGACCCAUGUCUGAAGGAGAAUGCGUGUCUCAAUGACGGGCUGUGUGCCUAUGAUCCCACGCUUGUUGGAUGGGGUAUGUGCACCUGUAAGGACGGGUUCUUAGGUCGGUCUUGUGAGUUGUCCGGGAACUACACGAUACAAUGUGAACAGGGCGGCGUAGCAUUAUUCAAUAUCUAUGAGGGCGAGUAUUGUUUCUGCCAUCCCUGGAGUACCGGGGACAAUUGCGAGAUUCCUGUCAUUGAUGGCCCGUGCGAUCAAGGGGUUUGUCCCGCAGAAGCUGUAUGUACCUACAAAUCAACCACCGAAGAAUAUGGGAGUGUGCUUGAGUUCGUCAAUGGAACUGCCGCUACUCCUAGCAUGUCAACGUUUGUCACGUGUACAUGUCAAUACCCGUACGGAAAUGAUGAUUAUUUCAGUUGCACGUAUAUCGCAGAUAUAGUUUCUGAAACCCAGCCAUUACCAUCAACGUUCUCACUACUGACGGAAUGUGGAACUGCCACAUUGACCCUCACGGACAAUGGUACAGCUGUCAUGAUGGAUGCGAACGGCAUCAUUUAUAGUACCUAUGGAGCUGCCGCGGGUAUUCCGCCGUACAAUUUAAAAAUUUCGCCGAUGGGAAUCGUUUCAGUCUAUGAUUCAAAUAGCACCCAUCAGUGGUCUUAUCCAUUUGCGGGAGCACCAGUAGAAGAGGGGCCUUAUGUCUUCCAGCUGACAUCGGAUGGUGAUGCCAUAGUGCGUCCAUUUGUCAACGAAAAGGUCCUCUUUAGCCUGGGCACACAGACUCCAAGCUAUUGUGAGAAUGGCAAUCCUGUGACUCCGAACACGACCACCAACGGCAACGCCAGUGUUGUGGCAAGCAGCGAUGCAGUAUCAUCCCCCGCGAGUAUCUCUACCCAAGCAGCCGCCCCAGUUAGCUUACCCGCUACAGCUAUCAGUUCAGCAGGAAUUGAUUCACUUUCCAGCUCAACACAAGCAGCUCCGCUGUUGCCGGCUACCGAUAGUCCAGCGGCAAGUGCUGCAAUGACCAGUGCAAUACAAACAGCUAUCUCUGCCAGCAUACCGGCUGCAGCUACGAAUCCAGUACCAAGUGAGUCUGGAAUUAGUGCAACACAAGCAGCUCCCCUGUCGACGGCUACAUCGGUUGUUGUUCCGACAGCACUCGUCAGCAAUGUGUCGAGACACAUUGGCUAACAAUUAUACAUCUACUGCGUGCACCAAGUUUUCCAACACCCUGUCACGACAAAGGGUUUUGCUUCAUAGGGUCCAAACCGAUCUGGCAGAGUUCUCAGGUAGAGUGGUCCCUUGUCUCGGUUCUUUUUGCGAAUUGAGAGGAAAAAAGGGGUAUUACACUUGCACUGGCCUUGACUGUUUCGAUUAGAGUACUUGAUUUGAGGGCGAUCGCAGAAGCUGCGUGGUUGCGCAGCGACGAGAAAUUCGCAGGCAGGAUUGAAAGUCGAAUGUCGUAAACAUGUCCACACGAUAUUUUUUAUGUUCAAUAAUGCACGGAAAUGUAUAUAGCUCAUAUCAAUAUAGAUGUGAAUAAAAGGUCAAACACUAUCCAACGUGUGGUAGGUGUUCAUAUGAACCCUCAAGAAGGACCAAUAUUCUUCAUUUACCAUAAGUAUCCACCAUUGGUGACGCGCUCAGGUCAAGGCACUUAUCACUUUAGUAGGUUGGUCUAAGGGGUAUUUAUCAACGUUUAGCUUAUAGCCUGCGAGACAGCUUUUUUCUGCCGAAUAUGUUUCAUGCCACUCGUAUAAGUAAAGAAUGUAGUUGAAUAUCCACAUUCGUAAACAUGUUCGGGCACUACUAAAAUGGGGCCAUACAGAUGAUUGCCGGUGU